AUGGUUCAAGUUGAAGUACAAAUGCUAUUUGAUGCUGUUUCUACUUUAUCAGAUGGUUCUGAAUCUACUUCUACUUCCAUAGAAGUCAAUUGUGAUACAAUGCUCAUAACAACUACAUUUCCAGAUGAUUAUGUAGCAACGCUAACAGGUCAAUUAAUAAUGACCUCUGAUGGUGCUGGUAACAUGAUCAUUUAUACUACUACAUUUCCUUUUACUUCACCAACACAGGUAGCAGAUCCUAGUUCCGAAAUUGAAUCUAGCGCAAUUGAUCCUGAAGUUAUUCCUAGUUCUGAAAUUGUACUUAGCACAACAAAUAUAGAAGAAACAUAUCCUAGUUCCGGAAUUGCACCCAGCACAAAUAUAGAAGAACCAUAUCUUAGUUCCGAAAUUGCAUCUAGUACAGAUAUAAAAGAAACAUAUCUUAAUUCCGAAAUUGCACCUAGUACAGAUAUAGAAGAAACAUAUUCUAGUUCCGAAAUUGAACCUAGCCCAUCAGAACCACCAGAGACUCCAAUUGGAACUUAUUAUCAUGAAACUACUCUUGAAAAUGGUAUGGUUUGUACAGCUACUCAACACGCGUAUUUGACAACACUUCCUGGAGGUUAUCUUGGAGUCUCUUACUCGGUGUAUAGCAUUCCUUGUGAGACAAUUACCUUUACAACUACAUAUUCAGAUGGUUCCAUAGCCACUCUUGUUGGUGACAUAUAUCUUACAGUCAGAGAAGAUAUGGUGUUUGAUCCAGUUUCAACAGGUACUCACAUUAUUCUGACCAUAAGUGAUGGAGAAAGUGAUCUGGAUCCUUCUAUAGACUGGCCUGAAGCCACAUCUACUGUUGCUCCUGAAUUAACUCAUUCUACCUCUUCGCAAGGUCCACUCACUCCAGGUGGCACAUAUUUUUAUGAGACUACACUCGAUAAUGGUUUGGUUUGUACAUCUGUUGAACAUGCAUAUAUGACAACUCAACCAGAUGGGGAAAUUUUAGUUUCAUACACAGUAGUCAGCAUUCCAUGCACUAUAAUAACAUUUACUACUACUCUUUCAGAUGGAUCUCAUGCUACAGUGGUCGGUGAUGUUAUGCUUACAACCGUGUCAGGUGAAUUGUAUGAGAUGAUGUCUAUAAUCCUGACUUUAGUACCGUCAGAUACAGAAACUUUAACAGUAACAAAUAGUGAAUCAACAUCAGAGCUGGUUGAACUUAGCUCAACAAGUGAUAUAGAAUCAGACCUAUCAUCAGAACAGAUUGAUCCAAGUUCUACUUACGAUAAUUCAGUAAGCAAAACUGCAACAGAUCCCGUUGAACCAACUACAACUUCAAGCGACAUAGAUUCUGAAUCUACAUCAGAACAGGUUGAUCCAAGUUCUAGUGACGAUGACUCUAUUAGUGAAACUACCUCAGAUGCUGCUGAAUCAAGUGAAAACUCAAUUGACAUACAAUCUGAAACUACUACAGAUGCCGCUGAAUCAAGUGAAAGCUCAAUUGACAUAGAAUCUGAAACUACUACAGAUGCUGCUGAAUCAAGUGAAAGCUCAAGUGACAUAGAAUCUGAAACUACUACAGAUGCCGCUGAAUCAAGUGAAAGCUCAAUUGACAUAGAAUCUGAGACUACCUCAGAUGCUGCUGAAUCAAGUGAAAGCUCAAUUGACAUAGAAUCUGAAACUACUACGGAUGCUGCUGAAUCAAGUGAAAGCUCAAUUGACAUAGAAUCUGAGACUACCUCAGAUGCUGCUGAAUCCGGUGCAAUCUCAAGUGACAUAGAGUCUGAAACUACUACGGAUGCUGCUGAAUCCAGUGAAAGCUCAAGUGAGAUAGAAUCUGAAAGUACCAUAGAUGUCGAUGUAUCAAGUGCCACUUCAAGUGACAUAGAUUCUGAAUCUACAUCAGAACAGGUUGAUCCAAGUUCUAGUGACGAUGACUCUAUUAGUGAAACUACCUCAGAUGCUGCUGAAUCAAGUGAAAACUCAAUUGAUAUAGAAUCUGAGACUACCUCAGAUGCUGCUGAAUCCAGUGAAAGCUCAAGUGACAUAGAAUCUGAAACUACUACGGAUGCUGCUGAAUCCAGUGAAAGCUCAAGUGACAUAGAAUCUGAAACUACUACAGAUGCCGCUGAAUCAAGUGAAAGCUCAAUUGACAUAGAAUCUGAGACUACCUCAGAUGCUGCUGAAUCAAGUGAAAGCUCAAGUGAGAUAGAAUCUGAAAGUACCAUAGAUGUCGAUGUAUCAAGUGCCACCUCAAGUGACAUAGAUUCUGAAUCUACAUCAGAACAGGUUGAUCCAAGUUCUAGUGACGAUGACUCUAUUAGUGAAACUACCUCAGAUGCUGCUGAAUCAAGUGAAAGCUCAAUUGACAUAGAAUCUGAGACUACCUCAGAUGCUGCUGAAUCAACUGAAAGCUCAAUUGACAUAGAAUCUGAGACUACUACAGAUGCUACUGAAUCAAGUGCAAUCUCAAGUGAUAUAGAAUCUGAAAGUACCAUAGAUGUCGAUGUAUCAAGUGCCACUUCAAGUGACAUAGAUUCUGAAUCUACAUCAGAACAGGUUGAUCCAAGUUCUAGUGACGAUGACUCUAUUAGUGAAACUACCUCAGAUGCUGCUGAAUCAAGUGAAAACUCAAUUGAUAUAGAAUCUGAGACUACCUCAGAUGCUGCUGAAUCCGGUGCAAUCUCAAGUGACAUAGAAUCUGAAACUACUACGGAUGCUGCUGAAUCCAGUGAAAGCUCAAGUGACAUAGAGUCUGAGACUACCUCAGAUGCUGCUGAAUCCGGUGCAAUCUCAAGUGACAUAGAAUCUGAAACUACUACGGAUGCUGCUGAAUCCAGUGAAAGCUCAAGUGUCGUAGAAUCUGAAACUACUACAUAUGCUGAUGAAUCAAGUGAAAGAUCAAUUGACAUAGAAUCUGAGACUACCUCAGAUGCUGCUGAAUCCGGUGCAAUCUCAAGUGACAUAGAAUCUGAAACUACUACGGAUGCUGCUGAAUCCAGUGAAAGCUCAAGUGUCGUAGAAUCUGAAACUACUACAUAUGCUGAUGAAUCAAGUGAAAGAUCAAUUGACAUAGAAUCUGAGACUACCUCAGAUGCUGCUGAAUCAAGUGAAAGCUCAAGUGACAUAGAGUCUGAGACUACCUCAGAUGCUGCCGAAUCAAGUACCACUUCAAGUGACAUAGAUUCUGAAUCUACAUCAGAACAGGCUGAUCCAAGUUCUAGUGACGAUGACUCUAUUAGUGAAACUACCUCAGAUGGUCAUGAAUCAAGUACCACUUCAAGUGACAUAGAUUCUGAAUCUACAUCAGAACAGGUUGAUCCAAGUUCUAGUGACGAUGACUCUAUUAGUGAAACUACCUCAGAUGCUGCUGAAUCAAGUGAAAACUCAAUUGAUAUAGAAUCUGAGACUACCUCAGAUGCUGCUGAAUCCGGUGCAAUCUCAAGUGACAUAGAAUCUGAAACUACUACGGAUGCUGCUGAAUCCAGUGAAAGCUCAAGUGUCGUAGAAUCUGAAACUACUACAUAUGCUGAUGAAUCAAGUGAAAGAUCAAUUAACAUAGAAUCUGAGACUACCUCAGAUGCUGCUGAAUCAAGUGAAAGCUCAAGUGACAUAGAGUCUGAGACUACCUCAGAUGCUGCCGAAUCAAGUACCACUUCAAGUGACAUAGAUUCUGAAUCUACAUCAGAACAGGCUGAUCCAAGUUCUAGUGACGAUGACUCUAUUAGUGAAACUACCUCAGAUGCUGCUGAAUCAAGUGAAAGCUCAAUUGAUAUAGAAUCUGAAACUACUACAGAUGCUACUAAAUCAAGUGCAAUCUCAAGUGAGAUAGAAUCUGAAGUUACCACAGAUGCUGCUGAAUCAAGUGCAAUCUCAAGUGAUAUAGAAUCUGAGACUACUACAGAUGCUACUGAAUCAAGUGCAAUCUCAAGUGAUAUAGAAUCUGAAACUACUACAGAUGCCGCUGAAUCAAGUGAAAGCUCAAUUGACAUAGAAUCUGAGAUUACCUCAGAUGCUACUGAAUCCGGUGCAGUCUCAAGUGACAUAGAAUCUGAAACUACUACGGAUGCUGCUGAAUCCAGUGAAAGCUCAAGUGAGAUAGAAUCUGAAAGUACCAUAGAUGUCGAUGUAUCAAGUGCCACUUCAAGUGACAUAGAUUCUGAAUCUACAUCAGAACAGGUUGAUCCAAGUUCUAGUGACGAUGACUCUAUUAGUGAAACUACCUCAGAUGCUGCUGAAUCAAGUGAAAGCUCAAUUGACAUAGAAUCUGAGACUACCUCAGAUGCUACUGAAUCCGGUGCAAUCUCAAGUGACAUAGAAUCUGAAACUACUACGGAUGCUGCUGAAUCCAGUGAAAGCUCAAGUGAGAUAGAAUCUGAAAGUACCAUAGAUGUCGAUGUAUCAAGUGCCACUUCAAGUGACAUAGAUUCUGAAUCUACAUCAGAACAGGUUGAUCCAAGUUCUAGUGACGAUGACUCUAUUAGUGAAACUACCUCAGAUGCUGCUGAAUCAAGUGAAAGCUCAAUUGACAUAGAAUCUGAGACUACCUCAGAUGCCGCUGAAUCCAGUGAAAGCUCAAGUGAGAUAGAAUCUGAAGUUACCACAGAUGCUGCUGAAUCAAGUGCAAUCUCUAGUGAUGUAGAAUCUGAAACUACUACAGAUGCCGCUGAAUCAAGUGAAAGCUCAAUUGACAUAGAAUCUGAAACUACUACAGAUGCUGCUGAAUCCAGUGAAAGCUCAAGUGAUAUAGAAUCUGAAGUUACCUCAGAUGCUGCUGAAUCAAGUGCAAUCUCAAUUGAUAUAGAAUCUGAAACUACCACAGAUGGUCAUGAAUCAAGUACCACUUCAAGUGACAUAGAUUCUGAAUCUACAUCAGAACAGGUUGAUCCAAGUUCUAGUGACGAUGACUCUAUUAGUGAAACUACCUCAGAUGCUGCUGAAUCAAGUGAAAGCUCAAUUGACAUAGAAUCUGAGACUACCUCAGAUGCUGCUGAAUCCAGUGAAAGCUCAAUUGACAUAGAAUCUGAGACUACCUCAGAUGCUGCUGAAUCAAGUACCACUUCAAGUGACAUAGAUUCUGAAUCUACAUCAGAACAGGUUGAUCCAAGUUCUAGUGACGAUGACUCUAUUAGUGAAACUACAACAAAUGUUGAUGAAUCAAGUGCAAGAUCAAUUGACGUAGUAUCGGAAACUACAUCAGAAGUUGCUGAAUCAAGUGCAAUGUUGAGUGAAUCAAAAUUUGAAUCUACAGCAGAUAAUAGCAGCUCAGGUACAAGUUCGUAUGAGCCGACAUCGGGAAUUGUUGAUUAUGAAUCGGACCUAGCCAGUUCUUUGGUUUCGGAAGUCGCUUCAUCCGUGGAAAUUCUUAGCUAUAGUGAUGCUUAUGUUUCUACGAUCAGUACUUUUAGUGAAUCUGAUGUAAAUUAUGACUCGGUCAUUACAUCAGAAGUAGUCAGUACCAAUUCAUUGAGUUCUAUUGAUUCAAGUAACGUGGAAGUGACCACAUAUAGUACUACGUUUGGGCCUGAUGAAUCUGGAGUAAUCGUUGUUAGUACUGAUUCUGUCGGAGAUUUAGUUGUAAGUACAUCCAUAUUUAAUAGUGUUAGCCCAAGUAUCGGCGUUACCGACUCAACAUACUCAACUACAGUCUCAAUCACAAGUACCAUCUCGGAUGUAUUGUCGUCAAAUACCGAAGAGGCAAUCUCAACGGAAGUACCUAGCUUAUCUGAUAUCAUAUUCACUCAUAUCGAGUCUAUUAGUUGGAGUCAGGGCGGACCAAUCGAUGUCGAUCUUCCUUUUGUGCCAUCAUGGAAUGUUAGAAUUGGAUGGCAAAUGCAGGAAGGACUUUUGAUGGGACACAAGUUUUCAUUAACAAUGCCUAAUGUUUUUGGUUUCUACUCUCCUCCUAAUGUCAAUUCUAAGCGUGAUGUUGUUGAUCUAGUAUACCUAGAAGUCGAUAAUAUCAAUUAUGCAGAAUGUACAGCAAUCCCAGGAUCACUAUAUGAUAUUAACUCCUACUUAGAAUGCUCAAUUAUACAGGAUAUUGAGUCAUACGUCGAUGGUAUUGUUAAUCUUCCUGUCACAUUUAAUGUUGGUGGUUCUUCCAGAGGAACUGAUAUGUCUGGUGCUAAUGAAUUAUCAAGCGGAGUUCAGUUAAUAUCAUUCUUAACUAGUGACAAUAGAAUAAUUCUGAAAGAGGCAUCUUUUGGUGCAGGUCCAGCAUCUCCGGAAGACCCUAACGACAUUGUAUUUGCAACGAGAGCCAUGGAAUGGGAUAAUAGUAAUGCGUAUUACCUUCUUGGAGGAAAUUGUACCUCUUCUUAUGGAUUUGGUAAAUUGUCAUUGAAAGUGGAUGACGGAACUAUUGAUUGUGCUUCGUGGCUGGCUUAUAUUACCAACGAUCUUAAUGAUUGGUAUUUUCCAAGAUCAUUUGAAGCCAUUGAUUCAAUCACUUUGGAAAGUUGUAACGGCAAUGAGAUUGUUCUCGACUAUUCUUAUAUUCCGGCAGGCUAUAGAGUAUUUUUAGAAGUUAUUGGUGAACCUGGUGGACAUGAUGUUGUUGCUAGCUAUAGUGAUAUCCAUAGCUGUGUCGAUGACUUAGCAAGAGAAACAGUAGGCUCUCCAGAUUUCAGUAUUAUUAGUACAUCGAGCAACGAAAGAGCUACUGGCCCAGAAUUUAUUACUUCUCCCGCCGCAACCAAUACCCAAGUCUCAAGUACCACUCAAGUAUUGGUAAUUAGUACUGAUUCUGUUGGAAAAACUUAUACUGAGACAAUUGUGAUUCCUGUCACAGUAACAGAGUGCAUUAUUACAAGUACUGGUGCUGAUGGGUCUGUUGUGACUGCAACUGAAGUGGUUAUUGUUACAGCCAAUCCCGAUGGAAGCAUGUACACUACAACAUCAUUACUUCCAAUUGAAAUUGCUUCAGAAUAUACCACCAUGUUAGCUACAACUGAUAGUGAAGGAAUUAAGGCCACAGAAUCAGGUAUUAUUUUAAUUGAUGCCGAAGGAAAUACUUUUACUACAACUUUAACUAUCACGGCUUUAGUUACGGAAUCUUGCAAUGAAUAUGAAACAACAUUUACCAAUACUCUUCCCGACGGAAAAGUUACUGCAGAAACUGCACACAUUUACGAGUCAAUAGAUGGUCAUGGUAGUACUUCUACCAGAACAUCGUUCUACACUCUGGCCACAGGAGCUGUGCCUGUUGAAGAUGAAGGUGAAAACGAAAAUGAAAACGAUAUUGAAGAAUUGUCACAUACAACUAUUUCUAUUAUCGACUUCCCUUCAUCACUCACUACAGUUUUAUUUGAUGAUGAAUAUGGCCUACAAUCUAACGAGAUAACCACAACGAUCAGCACGGGCCCAAUCUCCUCUGCUGAUUUCAUUGAUUUUUCUGCUACUAUAUCAGACACACCAGUCGCUUCAUCUAUUGAAUAUUAUGAGAAUUCAGCAAGUAAAAUUGCAAUUGACAAAUCGAUGUUGUUAAUUACAUUUGCUAGUAUGUUUUUCAUGAUAUUAAUUGUUUAG